AUGAGUAUCUUCUUGUUACCUUUGGAGACCAUUAGAGAGUUGGAGAGUUUAUUGUCAAAGUUUUGGUGGCAAUUCUCUACUAGCUCUACUAAUAGUACCAUUGGAUUCAAUCCGAAUUUUGUUUGGCGUAGUGUUUUAGAGGCGCAACAGUUAGUAUCAAAAGGGGUUCGGUGGACUAUUGAAGAUGGUAAAAACAUUAUUGCAGUUUUGGGUGAACCUUGGCUCCCUAAUAAACUGAACCCGAUGGUUAUCUCCUCUAAUCCUAGCCUUAUUGGGGCUAAAGCUAGUAAUCUUCUGAACAUGAAUGGUACAGAUUGGGAUACUGAAGUGCUAGCUGAUCUUUUGAGCAAUGUGAUCAAGACUUGA